UCAUUCCAUACGUUAGAGUAACAAUGUAUUCAAGGAUAACCUGUUUGAUUAUUACUCACAUAUUUAGGACAAUAAUAAAGUAUAUUUCUCCUUCGCAAAAGGGAUCGCAUCUCAUGUUAACCUCGCCAACCUCCCGCUAGCCAGCUUGUCGCGCGCUCUAUUAUUGGAAAUGGGACGCCGCAAGUCAAAGAGAAAGCCGCCACCCAGAAAGAAGCUGACGGGGAACUUGGACACCCAGUUCACCUGCCCCUUCUGUAAUCACGAGAAGUCCUGUGAUGUCAAAAUGGAGCGCACUCGAAACACAGGGAUCAUAUCCUGCACUGUGUGCUUGGAAGAAUUUCAAACUCCCAUAACUUACUUAUCAGAACCAGUGGAUGUCUACAGUGAUUGGAUUGAUGCUUGUGAAGCAGCCAAUCAGUAACAGUGCUAACUCACCUUCUGUCGGACCUCCCUCCAUCCCCAACCCCUGUGAUUGGUUGCCCGGAUCUUUCUGUCCAGUUGACACAUCAGAACAUUUAGCAGUGAAGUAACAGGGAUAUAUUCUGUGAAAGGAGACAUUCAUCUUUGUUUUUGAAUUUGGCACUGGUGCUUUUGGAGUCUCAUCUCUGGCUGGGCCAGGAUUUGAACUUGUAGUUUAUGUGAUGAUGUUUGGAACGCAGACUAUUCCACGGUUCAUUAUUUGUGAUAGUCUGUGUUCGGGAAGGUUUCUCUACACACAAGUGAAGCUGUCUUGUACAAGAUUAUAAAACCUGCCAAAUUAAUGGGUUCUUGACCAGGCUUGAAAUGGGCCCUCAUGGAACACAUUUACUAGUAACUGUGUGAAUUAUUAAGCAUGUUUACACUUGCCAUCUCCCUUAUUAUACGGGUGAGGAGAGCAUUAUACACCACAUUCCAAUCCCUAAAUGUUUUCUACCUAUUUUAUUUUGUUUUCUAGAAGAACUCCUUUUGUUUGGUAGUUUAUUGUUUGUUUUGUCUUAAGCUGCUGUGAUGUCCUGUAAUAGAUUUUUAAUGAGUUAGCCUAUCUUGUCUAUACUUUUCAUGUUAUGAGUUUUAUCACAAUCAAGGUUUUUUAUAUAAGAAAUUAAAACCAGUGUCCAUUCA